AUGAGUUCCCGAUAUGCGGGAUUCGGCAGUAGAAAUGAUGAUAAUGAAAAUAAUGAAAAUUUUGUUACCAUUGGUACUCAUUUUGAUCCGGCUGAACCAACUAAUAGUACAUCAAUUUUAGCUACAUUAGGUAGGAAAGCAUCGAAACUUGUUGAUCUUUCUUCAUCAAAUUAUGGUUAUGAUGGAAAACGUUUUCAUGGUGCAUUUACUGGUGGUUUUAAUGCUGGCUUUUAUAAUACAGUUGGAUCAAUUGAAGGUUGGCGACCAAGUGAAUUUAUAUCAUCUCGAACAGCACGAGCUGAAAAACGUAGUUAUGAACCAGAAGAUUUUAUGGAUAAAGGAGAUUUUAGUGAACAUGGUAUUAAUCCAAAACAAAUUAAAAUUCGAAAUAUAUUUGAUCAAAAUGAAUCUGUGACACGUAGCGUAAAUAAACAACAACCUGGAACAUCAAAUCAACGUAAUAAUGAAGAUAUAUUACGCGAUAUGAUUCGAGUCAAAACAUUAUCUAUUGGUAAAAAAAUACUCAUGAGUAUGGGUUGGAAACCAGGAGAAGGUGUUGGUGUUAAAAUGUCUCGAAAACAUCGACAAAAAUUAAAGUGGUCUUUAACACAAGAAACACGAAAAAAUCUUCCUCCAUCACCUCCAAAAUCAGAACAACAACAAGAACAAAUACCUAGUGUUAAAAUUUAUGGUGUAGCAAUGCCACCACCAUCUUUUCAACAAAUAAUUAUGAAAACAUCACGUUUAGAUGAUGAUAAUGAUGAUGAUGAUGAUUUUGAUGAUCAACUUUAUGCUAAUGUUAAUUUACCUCCAUUAGAUUAUGAAGUACAUUUUCAAUUACAAAAACGUGAAAAUCAUGGUCUUGGUUAUAAAGGACUUGAAUCAUUAAAUUUAUUUGGUCAGACUAAUUUAUUUGUUCAACCAUCAAUUGAAAAACAAAUUAGUAAUGUUAAAAUUCGUGGUCAAGCAUUUGGUGUUGGUAUUGAAGAAGAUGAAGAUGAUAAAGACUUAUUUGCUGCAGAUGAUCUUAAACAAUAUGAUUAUGAAUUAACAACAGCUAAUGAUAAUACUAAUGAUAUUAUGCGACAAAAGACACAAGAAAAUAAUUUUGUAUUGAAAUUUGCUCGUUAUGAAUCUAUGUCAAUGCCUGUUGUUUAUCCACCACCCAUAAUACCAAUAGAUUUUCGUAUUGGACAUCGUUUUCCUAAAUCAGCAAUGCCACCACCACCACCACCUUCUCCUCAUCCAGCAGUUUCUACCAAUGAAACAUCAAUAAAUGAACCACCGAAACCACCAUCGAUUAAACAUGAUGCUAAUACCCGUGGUCUUCUUCUUGGUGAUCUUUCAUUUCUUUCUCGUCCACCACCAAAUGUAAGUGUACCACCUUCACCGAAAGUAGAAGUUACACCAGUAAAACCAACAACAGUUCCAACACCAUCACUUGAGUGGGAUGUUGAAAAAGAACGUUCAUCACAUGCAACUCCUACAUCAACAAACAAUGCUCGAACACAAUUUCUUGAUGCUAUUAAAAAUCGAUUUACAUCAUCAUCUGAUCUUGUACAAAUGACUGAACGUCAAUCAUUCGAAGUUGCUCUUGAAAGUGAUUUAAAAAAAGCUGUUUCAAUGAAUCUUUAUGGUGGCUUAACUCGAUCUAUAUCUGAUUGGAAACCAAAUCCACUCUUAUGUAAACGUAUGAAUUUUCCUAAUCCAUAUCCAGAUGAUGCCUAUGAUGAUUCAAAAGAAUCGAAAAAAUCUCGACGACAAUUAUGUUCGAAUCUUUUUGAACAUCUCUUUACAUCAUCAUCUACAGAAUCAUCAACAUCUUCUGAGCAAUCUUCUUCAAUUAUAACACCGCCGCCACCACCAGCAUCAUCAUCAUCAUUAAUAUCGAAUUCAAAUGAAACAAGUAAACCAUCAUCAACAAUCACACCAGCUAUUCCACAAGUACAACCUUCUUCAGUACCUAAAUCAGAAUUUGCUCCAAUUGAAUCGUUUGAACAAGAAAAUCAAGAACGUCCUCCAUUGGAUUUGUUUUCAGCAAUUUUCGACAAUCAACCUUCUGAUGACGAGGAUACUGAUGAACAAGAAACAGAAGAAAAAAAGAAUGAUAAUAUACCAAAAUCAAUUAAUCUACAAAAUUCUAUCGUAUCCAAGCCCCCUAUCACAAUGCCAUUAGCAUCCUCAAUCACAUAUCAAAGUCGUGAAAGUGAUCAUUCAGAUAGUUCCGAUUCUAGUAUUGAAGAAAUUGAAAUUUCAGAUAAAUCAUCUCUUGUUUAUGGACCAGCUGUUCCUAGUAAUCUUCCGUCUCGUACCAAGACAGAUAAUGAUAAGUCAAUAUGGACAAAAUUAGCAAAUACAAGUGCACAAUAUGAAGAAUUAAAACAUAAGAAAAAACAUAAGAAAAAGAAAAAACAUCAUAAAAAGAGUAAAAAACAUCAUCAUUAA